UUCUCAUGCGAGACGCCAUCGCCUCGGUCGUACGAGGCCGCGGCGGCACCGCCACCGGCGCCAUGAGCUCGGAGGGCUACACGCGCAGCGAGGAGGAUAAGACGCGGGGUUCCGUCAGCGAGCGCAUCGCGCGCCUGCGCCAGUCCCUGAGCGGCGACAAGCUCUCUGGCAUGGCCGGCCCGAGCCUCGGCGGCCUCGCGACCACGGCGAAGCGCGCGGCCGAGGAGGCGAAGGACGCCUUCGGCGCGCCCGACGGCUACGCGGACCUCGGCGGCGACCGCGAGCUGCGCGCCGAGGAGAAGGUCGAGCGGAAGCUGGAGAAGCGGAACGACCGCAAGGCGCGCGAGCGCGCGCGCGCGUCCAAGGAGGAGACGAAGGAGAAAGAGCCCGCGGCGGCGAGCAAGCACGGGUCCUACGUGCCCAUGGACGACGGCCUGCCGCCGCCCGCCGAGGAGGACCGGGCCGCGCGGCUCCGGCGGCGGAGCUCCGAGCUCCUGGGCCGCGCGCGGCGCGCCGUCGCGUCCGCGGCGGACAAGGUCCUGCCCGCCAAGGAGAAGCCGCCGGCGGACGAGACGGCCUGCAGCGGCGGCGGCCGCGUGCUCGCGUCGGCCUACGUGGACCGCGCGCAGCUCGACCAGUUCGACCGGAGCACGUUCGCGAGCUCGGCGGGCGCCGUCGCGUCGCAGAUCGCGGCGGCGACGACGCUCAGCGGCGCGUCGGCCCACGCCGGCGGCCUCUGGGCCCUCAAGGCGCGCUACAUCGCCACCCAAAAGGUCAUCCCGAAGAAGCUCGCGGCCGCCAAGGAGGCGGAGGUCCGCGCCGCGCAGCUCGCGGACACGCUCAACGAGGCCACGGACCGGUGCAACGCGCUCCAGGCGCGGGAGGCGCUGCUGGCGGCGCUCCUCGACCAGGCGACGCGCCUCGACGGCGUUUCCGGCGACGCGAGCCCGAAGCCGCCCGCGUCGCCGAAGGCGUCGCCGCCGAAGGCGUCCGCGGGUCGGUCGCCCGCGUCGCUGUUCGACCGCACGUACUCCGCGGACACGGGCGACUCGCGGCCGACGACGGGCGACUCGCGGCCGACGACGGGCGACUCGCGGCCGACGAUGUGCUCCGCUUGCGCGGCGCUGCGGCCCGCGAAGCGCAAGGCGCUAGAUGACGACCAGGGCGUCUCAAAGCGACAGGCGAUCGACCUGUGCGACUCCGACGACGACGGCGGCGACGCGGCGGUCGUGUUCGAGCUCGACGACGACGAGGGCGGCGGCGACGCUGCGCUCGCGCGGGAGCUCGCGGCGCAGGACGAGCAGGCGGCCGCGGCCGCGGAGCUGGUCACGCAGCAGGACGAGGCGUUCGCGCGGUCGCUGCACGCGGCGCAGGUGACGCCCGACGGCGACGAUGGGUCGCUGGCGCUCGCGCGGGAGCUCGCGGCGGAGGACGCGCCGAGCGUCGAGGCGGACCUCGCGAUGGCGCGCGCGAUGGACCUCGGCGACAAGCUCUCCGUCGCGCGCAACUUCGAGCGGGACCGCUUACUCGCUCUGGAGGCGCAGGAACAGGAGCGCCACGCGUUGAAGGUCGCGCUGGGCGUCGACCCGAAGGCGGCGCCGCCGCCGCGGGAUCCGCCGCCGCGGCGCGUCUUCGUCGGCGACGGCUUCAUCAUGAACGAGCUCGACGAGAAGAUCCGCACGCAGGAGGGCGCGCGCGACGCGCCCUACAAGGCGCAGACCGUGACGUCGGAGGAGCUCCUCUGGCACACGCCGUCGAUCCAGCGGGCGCUCUUCACGUCCUACGGCGUCAACUACGAGUUCCUGGCGCAUCUGUUGCGCGGGUCGCCGUGCGUGUACACGCCGGGCAAGGUCGUCGUCGUCGACGAGUACGACCACUCCAAGUACGCGCCGGCGGUGCACCCGGCCAGCCGGGCGAACCCCUUCACGAUCGUCCACCCGAAGUUCUACGAGGACGGCGCGUCGCAGCACGUGCGGUCGCGCCUCGAGAAGGGCACGAUGCAUCCGAAGCUGUGGAUUCUGUGCUUCGCCGACUUCUGCCGCGUCAUCGUCGCGUCGUCGAACCUCGGCGCCUACGACAACAAGGUCAACAACCAGUACUGGGUCCACGACUUCCCGCGCGGCCGGCGCCUCGAGGCCGCGGCCCGCGAGCACGUGCUCUACGACUCCGAGCCGCGGGGCGACGCCGAGGGCGCGGACGAGGCCCUCGCGGCGGCCGUCGGCGACGCCGCGGCGCGGCGGCUCGUCGCCUUCGCCGACGGCGGGCUCGCGGAGCACCGCGAGGCGGGCCUGUCCAAGGACGAGCGCCACGCGGUCCACCGCUGGUGCGAGCGGCGGGGCCUCGCGUCCGCGUCCCACGACGACGCGGGCGAGGCCCGGCGGAUCCUGGUGCUCACGCGCCUGGCGACGACGCCCGCGGCGGCCGCGCGGUCGCCGCCCGAGACCUUCGACGGCAGCCUCCGGGCCUUCGUGCACGCGAUGCUCCGCGUCGACGCGUCGAUGGCGCUCCAGUGGGACGAGAUCCUGCGGAGCUACGACCUGACGCCGCCGGAGGGCGUCCACUUCAUCGGCUCCGUGCCGGGCUUCCGCCGGGGCGCCUUCGCCGACGCGUUCGGCCACCGCGCGAUCCGCCGCGCGCUCGCCCGGGAGGGCCUGACCGUCGCGCGGGCCGAGUUCGCGAACUCGUCGCUCGGGCGCCUCGACAACAAGGUCUUCCUGCGCGGCUUCGCGACGUCCUUAUUCGGCGCCGGCGACCUCGACCGCCUCAAGAUCGUCUGGCCGUCGCAGGCGACGGCCUGCCGGUCGUCGCGGAAGCUCAUGCUCCACGCGAUGACCGAGGACAAGGGCACGGCGCAGAUGAACGGGCCCGACGACCGCAUCUGGAACGCCGCGGGCUUCCCGCGCGCGCGCUUCCACCACUACCACGCGCCGAGCGACCGGCAGACGCUGCACCACACGAAGAUGCUCGCAUGCUUCGACGGCGACGACCGGCUCGUCGCCGUCGUCGGCGGCAGCCACAACUGCAGCGGCGCCGCCUGGGGCGUCGGCGAGGACAACAUGUCCGUCAUCAUGUCCUACGAGGCCGGCGUGCUCGUGGCGUGCGGCGCGGGCCGGCGCGCGCGGAUCCUCGACGCGCUGCCCUGGCGGUGCCCGGCGCCGCCCUACGACCUCGACGGCGGCGUCGAGCCCUGGUCCGGGUCGCGCCUCCUCGCGCAGCUGCGGCCCAAGGGCGCCGCGCUCGACGCCGCGUCGGCCGCGGCGCGCGCCGCGGCCGACGGCCUCCUCGGCGCCGCGCCGCGGCCCUUCCGCGUCUUCCGCGGCCCGUUCCCGGCGGACACGGACGGCGGCCUCCGGGCCGUCGUCGCGCGGCGCACGGACGUGCCCGUCUUCCGCGAGUCGCUCGAGGCCUACGUCGACCGCGUCGGCCGCAAGAAGGAGCAGGACGAGCUCAAGAAGCUCGGCAAGCUCUGCGCCCAGGGCCUGAGCCCGAACCGGCAAGCCGCGCGGACGCUCCACGCGGGCGAGCGCGUCUUCGUCGACCACGGCACGGCCCACUUCGACUACGACCACGCGCGCUACGGCAAGAUCCACGUGACGGAGUACCGCCUCUCCGACGGCUCGGGCUUCGCGCACACGGGCAGCGGGCCGGAGGCGGACCUCGACGUCGUCGCGUCCGGCGACGGCGACGCCAAGCCCGUGCUCGCCAUCUUCUUCGCCGCGGGCGCCGGUCCGCCGCCGACGCUCCGGGCCGCGCUCGACGACCCUCGCGUCGCCGCGCGCCUCGCGGACAAGUUCGCGGGGCUCUGGCUCGGCGUCGGCGACGGCGGCGGCGACGUCGUGCAUCACGCCGAGGUCGUCGCGCGCAAGAUCUUCGACUUCGUGCGCUUCCCGGCGAUCGGCGCCGUCGUCCGGGGCGAGCGGUGCGCCGAGAUCCGCGCCGAGGCGGCCGCGGCGGCGCUCCAGACGCCCGAGGCGCUGCUCGCGGUGCUCGCGAGCGCCGCGGCCGACGCCGACGAAGCGCUGGUCCGCGUGAGGAAGCGCGACGAGAAGAAGCGCCGCGACGCGCUCGCGCCGCUCGAGAACGCCAAGGCCGCCGCGGCCUGGGUGCGCCGCAACUACGACGUCGUCGUCAUCGAGCCCGAGGGCACGCUGAAGCGGCCGAACGUGCUCACGAUCCGCCCCGAGCCCCUCAGCGCGAGCGAGCUGUCGCGCGACAAGGCCGACCACUUCAAGGACGAGGCCGUGCCGCUCCUGCGCGAGCUCGUCGCCGAGCCGCGCGUCGCGGUGGCCCUCGCGACGGUCUGGGGCCAGUCCGUCGCGGACCCGUCGCUCGCGCCGGGCCAGCGCAAGAAGGAGGACCGCCUCAAGCAGGCGCUCUCGGACCUCGACGCGCGCCUCGACCGCGAGCUCGACGGCCGCGCGGGCUUCGACGUCCUCGUGUCGUGGCGCUGCUCGGACCGGCACGCGCGCAACUACCCCGCGUCCUACCUCGACCGCGCGCUCGAGGCCGCGAAGCCGCCGCCGGAGAGCGACGUCGCCGCCGCCGUCGCGGGCGGACCCGAGGCGUGCGCGCGGCGCAUCUUCGACGAGGACGAGGCCUUCGAGGGCGGCGCGCCGCCCAGCACCGUCGUCCGCCGCGCGGCCGAGUGGUCGCCGGAGUUCGCGGGGCCCUUCCGCCUCCAGACCGCCGUCGCCCUCGCCGGGCUCCGGCGCGACAUCAAGGAGCCGCGCGCGCUCGUCGUCGGCGCGGAGCACGACACGGCGGCGACGGCGCGCGCCGCGAAGCUCGACUACAUCGGCGUCGGCAAGCUCUGCUCCGGCACGGGCCUCGACUGGAAGAAGGUCCGCUGGGAUAGCGAUGCCGCCGGCGACGACGCCAUCAUCAACUUCCCGAACGGCUAG